AUGGGUGUCGAACAGAACACGACGCCGUCGGAAAUGAUCCACAAAUCUUCUCGAUUAAGGUUGGCAGAUACCGAUGAAACAGGUCUUCUCAAGGCAUUUCAGUGGCCGCCAAGAUUCUUCAAACGUCAGCUAAUAAGCUACGAAUGGGAAAACUCACCCUGGAUCUGUGCCAACUUUGGAGCAAGAGAACGUCCCGACAAAGACACACAACGCAACGACAUUGCGUUCUUCCUUCAAAUCGAAGAUAAUUGGACAGCAGACACCCACCGCCUGAAUACGAUUCUUGAUCUGUUCCAUGGCGAGAGCCUCCAAUUGCUGGAGAAUGGUGCUGCCCUUGUACCUCGCAACGAAAUUGCAAUCGUUAUUGACGGCAAUAUAUCAACGGGCAAUCCUUGCCUCCGCUCGUUCCAAGGGGGCCUAACGGCAGCUGAAUUGUUGAAAUAUCUAUGUCAGCAGACUGAAGGCCCAGAAACCUUCUGCCUCGAAUUCUCAAUCCCCUAUCCCGUCUGGCGCUCAACGAAAACCUUAGCGAAGGAUAGUAGAGUCAAAACGACAGAAAAUGAGCCACUGCGAGCGUCUCGAGAUGUAACAUUUCUGCGUAAGCUAGCUGGAAGCUACGAGGAUGCCGACCUCGUCGACGGCAUAUAUUCAUCGCACAUGAGUGUCAUGGUCACUGGCCACGAUGAGGCUAGAUGGACGGGUGUCGGAUUCCUCGAAUCUUGGUUUGAGGCAGCGCUCGACAGUCCGUCACCAGACAUGAUCAGUUGUUACGAGAGCGAUGUAAAUGGCGGGUGCAUCCUUGAUCCACUGAACCGUGGGAAGCAAGAAGCAUCGAUGAGCUCCUGGCUACCUCGCCAGUACUUCUUGCGUGUUCUUGAAUUACGUCUCAGGCAGGUACUUCGGGAGUGGGACUUGAUAAUCGACAACUUGACCAAAAGAGUACAAGGAAUGGUGAAACUCCAUCGAGGGUAUCUUCGUGAUAGCUACGAUUUACUAGCAUUGUCUUGUUCUCAUACAGAUUGGGAUUCGGUCUCUCAAAGAAGCGAAGAUUGGGAAGAGGGCAUUUCCCAUCUGAAAAACCUCCUGGACGAUCUGAACCAGACCAUCAAAGAAACUGUCAGAGCUGGCGACGCAUUCAUGGCUGCAGACAUCAACUUUUUCCUCACCGCCGAUGUCCGAUUAGAGGAGGUAUCCGAUAAUUACCCUUACCUUGCUGAGAUCCGGAGAAAUAUCAACAUACUUCGGCAACUCGAGAUCAGGCUUGGAAGUCUGCAAGAUUCCUGCAGUGGAUUAUUGAAAGAGUCGGUAGGAUUCCGAGAAACUCGAAUUAAGGUGUGGUCUCUGGAUGGAACCCCCAGGCAUCCUAAGUCGGAUUACACAAAUUCACGCGAGGCUUUGCGGAUAGGCAUAGAUCCGGAAGGACAACACGGUACCACUAGGAAGACGCAGUCUGUUGUCGCCGCCAAUGAUCGCGGAAUAUACUCGUUAGGAGGUGUUCAUGUCAAUGGAGAAGGUAACUGGAACUUUGGUAUCUUGUUCAUCAUAGCCGGAUUAUCAUCCCAUCUUACCAGCAUGGAGACUUUGAGCAAGUGUCUGCUGUUAUUGGUAGUGGCUAUUCCCAUUGCUUUGAUGAUAUACGCAAGCUUCUUGCUUGCAGCCAGUUUGGCCGGGUCAGGCCGUCUGCACUCGCCAGAGGAUUUACCCCAGGACCCGGCUUUCAGGGACUUCCAAAGCGAACCAGGUGGCCAAUGGAUAAGGGUUUUAUCGCAAAAGCUCGACAUGAUCUUUGGUCGAUGCUUUUCGGACAGCAAUGAGCUAGUCGAACAGCGGUCUGGAAGCGCUACAACAGAGGGAGUCAACCGCCCAGGCCCUGGGGCAGGGAGAGUGCCGCACAUAUCAGUCAAGUUUGGUGGAAGAAGGCAUCAACUGAAAUUGAUAAAGACCAGAAAAGCGUCAAAUCGUUCAAGCAGCAACCCUGCGAAGGAACCGACACCUGAGCAGGACGACAUUGAAAAUGCAUACAUACCUCUUUGCAUUCCAGUCGAAUGCGAUAGCUACCCAGCCUUGGAGGUGAUAUCAUCUGAGGCAUGCCAAGAUGAUAAGACAUUUUUCGAAGCCUUGAGGAACAUUCUCAAGAAGCGACUGAAAUUCACGUGGGAUGGUCUACUAUGCUACGUCAAGCUUAGGCAACCUAUCGGGAUGCAUUACGUCAAGGUAAAGCCCUCAGCUCAAAGCCUUUGA